CAAUGAGACAUAUAAGCGCAGAUCACCUAAACCCGUCAUUGAAGCACAACGUUACUCAGACCAUGACUUUACGGCCCUCUCCUCACUCACGCAAUCAAAGAAACCUUUUCCAUUCCCCACAGCGGGGUUAGACACGCAUGUCAUCUCGCAUCUUCUCCGGCCGAACCUACUUUCUUAACCGGCUUGCCAACUUAAGGCAGGUUCCUCUCCGUGGACUGCGGUCCGAUUCCCGACGAUCAGAAAGCACUUGCCAGACAACCAAUGUCACAUUUUCAUCUCCGCCGCUAAGAGCCGCUCGGCUCACAUCCUGAG